UUAUUGAAGAUACUUAUAAUAAUUCAGUUAGUCAGGAAUCAUGUCAAACUACAAAGCACCCACAGAGGGCCGGAAUCGUAGAAGAGUUAAAAGGAAAUCCCUACUGUUUGGAAAAUCACCUUUGCUCUGUUCCAUCGUGAAUUCCCGCACUGAGUUUUGCAAGCAUGAAGGAUCUUGCUUCUGAAAUGUUUUAAAAGGCAUAGUGAAAGGUGGCACCAUCGGAUUUUGUAUAAAGGCUAGUAUUGGAUUUUUACUCAGGAUUUUGAAGACUAAAGAUCCCCUAGAUGCUUUCAAGAAUAUUUUUAACAAAGAUACAGCAGGAUUCACUUUAUUCUUUGCAUUGCUACCAAGUCUAUAUAAGCUUUCACUUUGAAUCUUAAGAAACAAACGAGGAAACGAUGAUAAGAUCAAUUCCAUAAUUGCUGGAAUUUUGAGUUCUUUGGCAGCAUUCGUGGACCAAAACCCAGGAAGAAGGAAGAUACUCAUCUACUAUAUCUUUGCAAGAGCAUUUUACUCAGCAGUAAUGAUGGUGAAGCAUCAUGAAAUAGCUCCUGUCCCAAAGAACUGGGGCCUCUAUAUUUGCAUCUUUAUGCUAAAUGUGCUUACUUUGUGGAUCUUUUACGAAUGGGAUGUUGUUCCUAAAAGUAUCUAUAAUAUUGUAAGCAAGAGAGCAGGGCAAAGUGUUAAUGAUAGAAUCAUGGUAGAAUAUGUGUUCAGAGAGAAAGGAAAACUCUAAUUCUUUAUAUUUUAUCAUAUCUUUCAAAGAUCAUGAUGUCAGCAUUUAUUAGAUGCUGGUAGAUUAUUGAAGUUCACAAGCUUCUUCGUCACGCUGAGUUUCUUCAAAUUUUUCACAUUUAAAGAAUAUUUUUCUGUCCCGAAUUGAUUAGAAAUCUCAAGCAAAUUC